UUUGGGGUUUAGGGUUUAAACUUCCUCUGCAACUGUAAGCUCAAUCUCAAAGUCUCCAAUGGCAGCUGCUGUAGCAUUCCUGCUAGCCAAAACGACACCCCGCUCCCUCUUCAACUCUCCCGCACCAUGUCGCUUAGCUAAUUAUCUCCCCGUAAUUUUCAAUUCUUUCCUUUCUCAGGGAAGCAAUUUCCCUUCCAGAAGCUUCUCCACCGACGCAUCCGAAUCGAUCACUCAGAACUUGAACUCUUCCGUCGCCGCCGCUCUCAAUUUCGACAAACGUGUCCCCGCCACCGUCAUCACCGGUUUCCUUGGCUCCGGAAAGACCACGCUUUUGAAUCAUAUAUUGACAUCUCAACAUGGAAAGCGGAUUGCUGUCAUAGAGAAUGAGUUUGGUGAAGUAGAUAUUGAUAGCUCGCUAGUUGCUAGCCAUUCUUCAUCCAACGAGGAGAUUAUCAUGGUAAAUAAUGGUUGUCUAUGUUGUACGGUGCGUGGAGAUCUUGUCAAAAUGCUCUUGGAGUUGGUGAAGAAUAGGCGAGACAAAUUUGACCAUAUUGUUAUUGAAACAACUGGUCUUGCGAAACCUGGUCCUGUGAUUGAAACCUUUUACAGCGACGAGCUUCUCUCACGUCAUGUGAAACUGGACGGGGUUGUUACUUUAGUGGAUUCUGUAAAUGCAAUCAAACAUUUAAAUGAAGUUAAGCCUAGAUUUGUGGUGAAUGAAGCCGUCGAACAAAUCGCUUUUGCUGACCGAAUUAUUAUAAACAAAACAGAUUUAGCUAGUGAGGCUGAAGUGGAGUUAUUGAUGAAAAGAGUUAAGCAUAUCAAUGGGAUGGCACAAAUAAAACAAGCGAAAUAUGGGUUAGUUGACAUGGACUUUGUUUUAGGAGUGGGAGGUUAUGAUCUUGACAGGAUUGAAGCUGAAGUCAAAUCAGAUUCUCAUUGUUCUCAUCAUCAUGAAACUGGACAUGAGCAUCAUCACAAAGGGAAAGAUCAUGUACAUGACUCUUCCGUCUCCAGUGUCAGCAUUGUUUCCGAAGGGACCUUAGACCUCGAUUAUCUUGAUGAUUGGCUCGAUACAUUAGUGGAAGAGAAAGGCGAUGAUCUUUACAGGAUGAAAGGAAUAUUGUCAGUGAGUGGGUCUGAGCAGCGCUAUGUAUUCCAGGCAGUCCAUGCUCUUUUCGAUGGAAGCCCGGGCAAGGAAUGGGGGCCAGACGAGAAACGUACAAACAAACUUGUGUUUAUAGGGAGGAACUUGGAUGAAACUGCCCUGAGAAAAGGCUUCAAUGGCUGCUUAGUUUGAGCAGAGGCUGUCGUUUCAUCUGCUUUGUCAUUCACAGAUAAAAGCCAGUCGUUGGAGUUUGAUCGAAACACUUGCAGGUGGAAACUCACGGCCGGGUGUUUUUAGAAGGAGAUGCAGAGAGUAUAAUCAGUUCCAUCAAGCUUAAUGAAAUACACGUGACAUCUAUUGCUAAAAUACUUUCUUACAAAAUAUGAUCAGUUCCAUAAA